AUGGAGGCUUACACUAGGACUUCACUUCCGGCAUACAAUCUUAAUGUGUCAUCUCCCGAGGGAGAUGACAAUAACCGGGGAUCAGAUGCUGUGAUUUUGUCUCUAUCAGACGUGGCGGCAUUGGUACAAACCUUAGAAGUUAUACUGCCGCGAUUUCAAGAUAAUCCUUUGAAUGUGAGUCCUGAAUUGGUACAGAAGGAUUUUGAAUAUUAUAUUUCCAAGGGAAUAUCAGAAGUUGGAACGGUGAAUAUUAUUCCGCCUGUGACCACAUGCUGUGGUCAAUUAAAGAAGGUUGGACAAAAAGUUUGCAAUGUAUUUCGAUCCAGAUUUAAACCAGCGGUUGCAGUUAUGUACGAAUUGAAAUGCAGCAAAUGCAACACUGUGUAUAAAUGCAGUACCUACAAGAAGAAAAGUAUUGAGCUUUACUACUCUGAUGUUUUAGAGCAAGAAUAUUUUGCGUCCACAUGCGACUCGGUAUUUUCCAUGGAAUUACUAAGGAAGGUUGAUAUUGACUUAUACAGGAAAUCAGCUUCAUUUGAAGGAAUUGCCUAUGCCUAUAACGACGAACACUUGGGGUCAGAAUGGAUGAAUUUAGAUAAAAAUACUGAAGUAAUGGAUAGAAGACGCCUGAGCGAGGCAUGGUACAAGAAAACCUUUUUAGAGAUAAAGGGAAAUUAUGGGAUGCAACAAAAUAUCGAGUAUAUUUCAUCCGGCAAACUGGAAGACGUGCUUGAAUCUGAAAUGAAUGGCCUAUGGAGGACAUUUUCCAUUAAAUGGUCUUCAUCCUUCCAUACCGACAAUUGCAAACACGAAGAAUGCUGCAAAGCAAUUGUUAUAGACGGGCAUAUGAAAGGAACACGUUCAGUGUGCGCGGCUACGCAUGUAAGAACGACAGAAUCCGAAGAGCUUGGUAGCAUUUCCAUGGGUUGCUGGAAAAUGCCAGUGAAAGGAUCACUAUUUUGUGCUGCUCAUAAGAAUGCCAAGAAACCGGAAAAG